AUGAAAAAUAUUAAACUUCCUUUAUAUUAUUGUAAUGAAAUUAGUAAUAAAAUAUCUUAUGAUGAGAUAGGUUAUCUUUCCUGUAAUAUUGAUAAAAAAAUUUUUGAAAAACAUGUAUGUCCUAGGGGAAGUUUUUUUAUUAAAGAUAAAGGUUGUAUUGAUCCAACAAGAGAUAUCUUUAAAUAUGGUACUUCUUCAACUGGUUCUGGUAAAGUUGGUGAUAAUUGUCAAUUUAAUACAGAUUGCCUUUCUGGAAUGUAUUGUUUGUCGGGAGUGUGUACCUGCCUUUCUACAUACAUUUUAAAAGAAUCAUAUUGUUAUGAAAUUAUAAAUCCUAAUUCUGCUGGAUGUAUUUAUGAUGCACAAUGUCAAGCAGUAUUUCCAUCAGCGCAUUGUAGUAUGGAAUCAGGUAUAGGUACAUGUAAAUGUCCAGAAAAAACACACUUAGCUAGAGAAACAAGAGAUGGUUGGGUAUGUGUUUCAUUGGUUGAUAAUGCAUCUAAGAAUGGUGAACCAAAUGAAAAUUUACAUUUUAUAUGCCCAUUACCUGAAGGUGCUGGUUUUAAAAUUGCAUUAUCUGAUCCAAAUAAAAAAUUUGAUGGUUUACCAGUUGGUUGCACGGUAGGAUCAACAAGUGCAUUUGAACCAAUACCACAAUUACAAGGUGGUGGUGGUUGUAUAUGGCCAAGUACUGGUGAGUAUGUUGGUGAUAUUUAUGAUUGUAUUCAUACAUCACCAAUGAUAAAUUUAAAAACAAAAUAUCCAUUAUCAAGUUAUCAUCCAUCAGCAAAUGGUGUUUGUUGUCCAAGUAGAGCUUUUACAUGUUCACAACCAGCAGUUUCUGGUCCAAAUCCAACAGAAGGAAGAUGGUGGUUUAAUUCAAUUACUGGUCAAUGUCAACAAUUUUUAUGGGAUCCAAUUGCUCCAACAGCAGGUGAUCAUAGUUCUAAUAAUUUUAAAACAAUGGAACAUUGUCUUAAUUAUUGUCGUGAUACCUGUACACGUUCAUAUCCACAAUAUAUAAAAGCAAAAUCAAUUUUAAAAGAAAAACCUAUUACAUCAUGUUCGACAUCAUUAUCAUGUGGUAAUGAUUAUGAAUGUAAAAGUGUUGGUUCUGAACAUUUUUGUUGUCCAACAGUAUCAUCAAUAUGUAGUUAUAAAGGUGGAAGAUUUAUUGAUAAUAUUUUACCAAGAGAUACAAUAUAUCAUGGAGGGUUUUUAACAAAAACUGGAAAAGAACAAAUACGUUUUUAUUAUAAUAAUGAAAAAAAACGUUGUGAAUCAUUUAUUUAUAAAGGAUCAGGUGGAAAUUUUAAUAAUUUUAUAACAAAAUAUGAAUGUGAAAUAUUUUGUUCAAGAUUAGUAUGUGAAAUAGGAAAUCCAUUAAAAAUUGGUAAUGAUGCACAAAAAUGUGAAAGUAAUCAUGAUUGUCCAUCAUCAUAUUCUUGUAAUAUGAUACAAAAAGUAUGUUGUCCUAAAAGGCAAACAGUUUGUUCAGAACCAUUAAGAACAGGUGAUUGUUCAGAAAAUUUACAAAGAUAUUAUUAUAAUCCUUUAAUAAAACAAUGUAUACUUUUUUCAUAUUCAGGAUGUCAAGGAAAUGAUAAUAAUUUUGAAACAUUAUUAAAAUGUCAAGAGACAUGUAAAAAUGUAUCACCAGAACCACGUUGUCCUCAGGGUCAAGCAUACAAAGAUUCAUAUGGAAAUUUUGUUCAAUGUAAUGAAGGAUCAUCUUCUAUACUUGUACCAAAUUAUUUUUGUUUUAAUGAUGGUCAAGUUUCAGGAUUAUGUCCAACAAAAAGUUAUACAUGUAGUUUAAAUAGUGAUAAAGGUGUUCAAUGUGGUGCUGGUACAUCAUUUAAAUAUUAUUUUAAUCCUAGUAAAAAUACUUGUGAAGCUUUUCAAUAUUUAGGUUGUGAUGGUAAUUCAAAUAAUUUUCAAACUAUUGAAGCAUGUGAAGAGUAUUGUGGUAUAGCUUGUCCAAAUGGUGGUCAACCAUUAAGAGAUCAUCAACAUCAAUUAGUAUCAUGUAAUGAUAAUGAUUCAUGUCCUGAAACACAUGAAUGUACAGAAAUUGCAGUUAAAGGUUUAUUAUCAAAUAGAUGUUGUCCAACAAGAUCACAUAUUUGUUCUCAACCACCACAAGUUGGUACAUCAUGUAUAAAUAGUCCAAUUCCAAGAUAUUAUUUUAAUAUUGUUACUUCACAAUGUAGUAGUUUUAUGUAUAAUGGAUGUAAUGCAAGUAGUUGUGGAACUGGUGAAAGUGUAUAUUUAGAUCCUAAUACAAAUAUACCAUUAACAUGUAAUGAAAAUUUAAAAAAUGCAUGUCCACAAAAUUAUGUUUGUACAUUAAAUUCAUUUUCUAAUACACAUGUAUGUUGUGGAGCAACUGAUAUGGGUGUAUGUCCACAUGGAGAGAAAGCUUAUAUAAAUGCAAUGGAUAUGACAGCAAAAGAAUGUACAAUAAAUCAAGAAGGUUCAUGUCCCUCAAAUUAUUUAUGCCGUUUUAAUUUUAAUAAUAAAAAAUAUUAUUGUUGUAGUGGUCCUGAAACAUGUCCAGUUGGUAAAUUUUUAUAUAAAAAUUCUAAAACAUUACAAGCUAUAAAAUGUACUAUUAAUGGAAAUAAAAAUCAAUGUCCAAUUGGAUAUAGUUGUCAAUCAUAUUUAAAAAAUGCUUUUCAAGGUUUUUGUUGUUCAACUAAUGAUAUAUGUCCUAAUAAUGGUGAAUAUUUAAUUGAUUCUACAAGUAAUCAACCCCGUCGUUGUACAAUAGGAUCAUAUAUUAGUUGUCCAGGAAAUUAUUAUUGUCAAAAAAGUAGUACUAGUAAUAAUAAUGGUGGUAAUGGUAAUAAUGAUAAUUCAGGAUAUUGUUGUAAAGGUACACCAAUGUUAAAAUCUAAUGGUUGCCCACCAGGUGAAUAUGCCUUAAUAUCUAAUGGACAAAUAAAAACAUGUGAUCCAUUUAAUGUACAUGAUUUUCCAUGUGAUUCUGGUUUUACAUGCCAAUGGAGUAUUACUAAUAUGGCAUAUCAAUGUUGUAGUGGACAAAAACCAAUAGAAUAUAUAAAAGAUGAUGGAUGCCCAAGAAAUCAAAAAGCAUUUUAUGAAAAUAAUAAAAUAAGAAUAUGUACAGCUGGUGGUUCUGAUUGUCCAUUAGGAUAUUUUUGUGAAUUUAGUUUUAAAAAUGUACAAUUUCAAUGUUGUGCUACAAGUGGUGGUUGUCCAGGUAAUUCUGUAGCAUUUAUUGGAAUAGAUGGUCAACCAGAAAAAUGUAUUUUAGGACAAAGUCAAUGUAAAAAAGGAUAUAGUUGUCAGAAAACUAACCUUAAUAAUUAUCAUUGUUGUACAUCAGGUGUUAUUGAAAAAAAUUGUAAAAAAAAUGAAAUAAUGUUUGAUGGUAAAUGUUUAGAAAAAGUUAAUGUUGGAGAAAAAUGUGAAAAUAAUAUUCAAUGUUUAGGUGGAAGUAUUUGUCUUGGAAAUACUUGUGUAUGUUCUAAAAAAACAACAUUUAUUGAUGGUAUCUGCCAACAAAUACCAGAAUGUUUAGAAAAUCAAGUAUUAAUAGAUAAAGCUUGUUAUGAAAAAGUAAAUAUUGGUGGUAGAUGUAUAAGUCAUACACAAUGUCCAAAAACUUCAUUUUGUAUAAAAAGAAUUUGUAGUUGUAGAAAAGAUGAAUAUUAUGAUUAUGAAAAAAAUAGAUGUAUAGAAGAAAAAUUACCUGUUGUUAUUCCAAGUAAAAAAAAAUUUAAAAAAAUAAAAUAUAGAAGAAUGAAACCAAGAGUUACAUUACCUAUAAUAAAUCAUCAAGCUAUUGAAACUAAUAUUAUUCCUAAUAUGGAUUCAUAUUUAUAUAAAUGUUUUAAUACAACUCUUAAACCAUUUAUAGAUCCUAAAACUGAUAAAAUACAAUAUUGUUCUCCAAAAACAAAUACUUGUCCAUUAGGUUAUAAUUGUGAAAUGAAUUUAUCAAGACAAAUAUUUAUAUGUUGUGGUAAAAAAAAUAUAAAUGAAGAAAUUAUUAAUUUACGUUCUGAAGAUAAAGUAUGUCCAAAAGGUAGAAUUCCAUAUUUAUUAAAUGGUAUACCACAGAAAUGUACAAAAACUCGUUGUUCUAAUGGUUAUCAAUGUAUAUAUACAUCAUAUGAAUAUUAUUGUUGUAGUGAAAAUUUACUUGAAACUGAUAUAAUAAUAGAUAAUGCUAUUCCAAUGCUUUCAGAUAUUUGUCCUCGUGGAACACCAUUAAUUUAUCCAUUAACAAAAACUCCUAUACAAUGUAUACCAAAUAAAGAAAAUUGUCCCAUAGGUUAUACUUGUGAUAAAUCAAUUUCUCAAAUUUACAAUCAUAUUUGUUGCUCUUUACGCCAUCAAACAGAUAAUAAUUAUACUUCAAAUAUAACUAUAUCAAAUGAAAUUGAAAAUGUUGUAUAUAAUCAAACGGGAUAA